CUUCAUCAUGUUCACUAAGACCGCCGUCGUUCUUGCCCUUGCGGCCGUCGCUUUGGCUGCUCCUUCACAGCCUUCUUACGACUACUCUCCUCCGGCAUCCUAUGACUAUCCUGCUAAGUACGACUUUAACUACGCUGUUAAGGACGACUACUCUAGAAAUGACUUCGGCCACCAGGAAGCCCGUGACGGAUACAACACACAGGGUGCCUACUUCGUUCUCCUUCCCGACGGUCGUCUGCAGAGGGUCACUUACACCGUCAACGGCGACUCUGGAUACGUGGCUGAGGUCAGCUACGAAGGCGAGGCCCAGUACGCCGAGUACCAUCCCACUCCUGCAUACAAGCCUGCUCCUGCUUACAAGCCUGCUCCUGCCUACAAGCCUGCCCCUUCCUAUGAACCCGCUCCCACUUACACGCCUACCCCUGCUUACGCCUAAGUGUGUAUAAUCUAAUAUAUGCAAGAUAUUUAUUAAACAAAAACCUGAGCAUCUAGUUGUAUCACCUUUCAACCUGAAAAAAAUAUUAUCAAAAUCUUUAGCACCAAAGUGUUCCUUGAAAUUCAAUCUAUGGCUUAUAGAAAACUCACAUACUAGCUGGACAUUUGGUAUUAGGAUAGCAGCAUUUUACGGUAUCAAAAUUGCGAGAUUAUACCAACUUGAAGGUAAA